GACCAGCUGGCGCUCUUCACCGAUCACCAAAACUACGUGCAAAGAGUGCUCGCCGUCACCGCGUCCGUGGCGCUGAUUGUCUUCUGCUUGCUGGCCAUAUAUGCCUUCCAGGCCAUCGACCCCAAGCGCUUGGUGUUCCGCCACCAGUUGAUUGCGUUUUUGAUUUUCUUCGACCUCAUGAAGGCCACCAUUCUCCUCGUGUUCCCGGUGCUGGUGCUCGCAAAAUCCUCGCUGUACACCAGCUACCUGUUUUGCCAGGCCGUGGGCUUCUUCACGGCCACGGCCAUCGAAGGCGCGGACUUGGCCAUCUUGGCGUUUGCCAUCCACACGUUCUUGCUCAUCUUCAAGCCCGACUUGACGGUCAAAAUCAAAGGAUCGGUCCACGCGGAAGGCGGCCUUUACAAGUACCGCUACUACAUCUACGGGUUCUCGUUUAUCAUUCCCCUCGCCAUGGCCAGCUUCCCUUUUAUCGGCGUGGGCUACGACUCCUUUGUGUGCUGGUGCUACUUGCCCCAACAGCCCUACUGGUAUAGGGCAGUGUUGAGCUGGGUGCCGCGGUACGUGGUUGUCAUUGUGAUCUUCACAGUGUACAUGCUGAUCUACUUCCACGUGAUCCGGGAGUUCCGCUCAUUGAAUGGCGCGUUCGCCACCAUGCAUCAUCAAAGGCUCGCAAGCACCCAGAAUACGGGCGGCGACUCCAAGCCUUCCUUCUUCUCUGCGUUCGUCUUCUUUCUCAAGGACGUGCGCAUCUUUUUGUUUCCGCAAUUCAUGGCCCCGGAUUCCCGUGACCAUGAUCGCGCCGUCAAUUCGUCGUCCACAGACUCGAACUCACACCUCGAGAGUUCCAACGAUGACCGGAAAGAGGAUUCCCCUGGCGGGCCCUUGGACUUGGAAAACAACUUUGGCGACUCGGCAUUCCACGCCGCAAACCUUGAAAACUUUCAGAAGCGCCAGAAGGUCAUUGAGAAACAAAUGAAGUCGAUCUUCAUCUACCCCCUUGCCUACAUUUCCAUUUGGCUCUUUCCCUUCAUCUUGUACUGCACCCAGUUCAACUACGAACAGACUCACGGCCCAGUUGUCUGGCUCAAUUACGUCAGCUCGUUCAUCCAGCCGUUCAUGGGCGUGGUUAACUCCCUCGUCUUUUUCUACCGGGAACAACCAUGGAAGUACACAAUCAUGAGGAUUUUCAAGAAAGAGAACGAACGCAAACUCGAUCUUGUCUUGGCUCCUGGUGCCAGUAUGGGGGACUCUGAAUCCAUCACCACUUCCGCUCGAUUUACGAGAAGCUCUCUAGCACUCAGCAUGAAUGUCGACUUGCACCAAUACUCGCGCUGGAGGCGCAUCAUGUCCAAAUGUCGUCUUCCACUCAUGGAACUCCCCACUGAAGAAAACAUUUCCCGCUUUCAAGCGGAGCAUUUCAAACGAAGAAUUCACAUGUUGCGUGAAGCCGGGAACAAAGCUAGGGGCACUUCAAACAAUGACGAUCAAAGAGAAAUCGACGAUUUGCGGGCCAAACACGAUUUUUCUAACUUGCUAGAAGGC